AUGUUGAAAGGCGUUCGUUUGGUCUCCUUGGAUGUAACGAACACCUUGCUUGGUCUACGAGAAGCGCCAGGCUCAACUUAUUCACGAUUAGCUGCCAAAUAUGGGAUAAAUUGUUAUUCUGAACUUAUUACCCGAAGAUUUCCAGCGGCCUUUAAACGCUUGGAGCUGGAAAAGCCAGCUUAUGACUUCGCCGGAAAUGGGAGCUUGGGAUGGUGGAGACAGUUGUUGGAUGAAGUUUGUGUUGAACAGAAGGAUCACGCCAAGUUUGGAGACUUUUAUAUUGAGUUAUAUAGACAUUACUAUGUCGAUUGUACUGCUUGGACUCUGCUGGACGGAAAGGUGUGUUAAUUGUCUUCUUUUUGUUUUAGGGUUUAUUUUUUGGUUUCAUAUGUUAUUAUUAUUUGAUUCUUCAGCUUUAGAGGCUUCUAAAUUGGCAGACAUAAGCUUAAUAUCUUCUAAGUAUACCUUUAACAUAUUUUCUAGAUCUACGGAUAUUUCGACCAACUUCAUGAACUCAACAUUGGCGUGGGAGUUAUAUCCAACUUUGACGAACGUCUUCGCAUAAUUUUACAAAGCUUUAACCUUAUGGAUAAGAUAGAUUACUUGAUUUUGAGUGGAGAAGUCGGGGUUCAGAAGCCUAAUAAAAAGAUCUUCAAAAUGCUACACGACAUGUCUGGAAUAGCUGACAAUUCUGAGAUUGUACACAUUGGAGACAACAUGGAGAAAGACUACAUUGCUGCGAAGAAUUGUGGAUUCAGAAGCAUUUUGUACGAUCCGAAAAAGAAACAUGUUGAUAACAAAGAAGUCGUUAGGGUUACCAACUUUCAAGAAAUUUUUGAAUGUUAA